UUUGAAGUAGACACCGCGUUGCCUGCCUUACUUGACCUUAUGUAAAGCAACUGGAUCAAAUUAUUAUGUUUAGAGCAAGAGGGAAGCCACCUCAAUUUUCCUUCUUGGAAUUUUUUUUUCCUUACAGAACCAUGCACCAGAUGGAGAAAAGGAAGUCAGCAGGAUUCUGACAAGGGAUGAGAAUUUCAAUUUCAGAGCUGCACAUUGGGCUGAUCUUCAUGGUCUUUUAUACAAGGCACUGCCAGAAGAAGUGUUCUUGUGGGGUCGUUUGUACCUUUGCUUCAGCACUUCUGAAGACAAAACCUCGGUUAAAGUUGAGGCUAAAGUUCUUCAAACUGAAGAGAUUAUUGAGAUAAAUGGGGACUGGCUUGUUGCAGCAGAUGGAUGCCUCUCUUCAAUUCGGAAGACAUUUCUACCUGAUCUCAAAUUGAGGCUUAUUGAGAUUACUAUGAACCUUUUGCAUUUCAUGAUAAUGUUUUGCUGAUAUGAUUCAGACCAGUUAAUGGUAAGCAUUACUUGUUCUGCAGGUAUUCAGGUUGCUGUGCCUGGAGAGGAGUUCUUGACUUUUCAGGAAAUGGGAAUUCAGAAUCUAUCUUGGGCAUCCAAAGAGCGUACGCAGAUCCUGGAAAAUGCCUAUACUUCGAUCUAAACACUGGAAGUCACACUGGGCAUUAUGAACUCCUUAACAAAAGGCUCAAUUGGAUGUGGUAUGUCCAUCAACCUGAGCCUGGACAGAAGUCCAAGUUUCAAGCUGCGAAAAGGUUAUAGUUUGAAGAUAGAUUAGGGAUCAUUAGACCUCAGUUUCUAAAGGAUAAGGAGUGCUAAGAAACAUUAACAAUGGGAUGAUAUAUUGAAACUCGUCGUAAUGAUCUGCAGCAGUUAAACCAGCUAGAGGCUAGAGCUGAUAUAAUAACUUCGAAGCUUUUUCAGGGAAAUUCUGUGACCAUGAAAGUAAGUAGUGACAUGAUAGAAAAUAUGUACCAAGAAGCAGAGAAAGUUUGGGGUCCUGAAUUGGUGAGAGUCACGAGAGAAACAAAGGAGCCUUUCAUAAAUAUCAUAUAUGAUUGUGAUCCUCUUGAGCAAAUCUUUUGGGACAACGUGGUAUUGAUUGGAGAUGCUUCUCACCCUACAACUCCUCUUGGAGUCAGAAGUACAAACAUGUCAACUUUGGAUGCAGCCGUUCUAGGCAAAUGUAUUGAGAAGUGGGGAGCAGAAAACAUACCUUCAGCUCUUGAAGAAUAUCAGCGCAUUAGGGUAACAGUCACUGCGAAACAAGUCCUGCAUUUGCAGAGAGUGGGUCGAAUCAAGCAAGGCUUAGCUCUUCCUGAUCGUAAACUUUUUGAUCCAAUGACAGCAAGUGCAGAGGAAAGUGAAGAGCUUCAAAAGAAACAUAUGCCUUUCUUUGCAAGUGCUCCUUUGUCAGUUGAUUGAUGUCGUGCUCCUCAUGAUUAAGACAAACUUCAUUCUCUGCAGCAGAAAAGUCUUGGGUUCUCAUGCUCUUUCUUUAUUUCUCAAGUCAAAUCCUUUUUUGUUUUUUCAGAACACUGUGUAUAGAUUCAUAUAUCUAUGUAAACAAACAAGGCCUGUUUUUCAAUAGAAUAUAGCAAAGUUGUAUUU